AUGUUUCUUAACUUACAGGCUGUGAACUCAAAUGGAGAAGAAAGAGGUAAAGUAAAAUUUUAUGCGAAAAAAACAGAUAAUUGUUAAAAAAAACAGCUGUACAUUGACUCUAUCGACAGUAAAAAAUAUAGAAAACUUUCCUUUUUCCACAUACGUGCACUUAAGCUUGUAUAUAUCUACUAUUAAUAACGAUCAAGGUCGGGAUAUAGAGAAAAAUACCAUGUAAAUACGGAAGACUAACUUGAAGCGGGGACGGGAGAGACGCCUGUGAAUAUCACUAACAACCAUGGUGGUACAAAGAGUCUCAUUCGGCGCUAUCGCCUGAUGAAUUCCUUCAGUAUAACCUCUUUCUCCUACACUCACAUUUUAUCCUCCGUUUGUAUUAUUUUAAUUAUAGUGACUGUAAAAUAUUGGGCAAAUAAAAUACCCAUCCAUAGCUGUCCGAUCAGUCUCGCCUUUAAUUUAAAAUAACUGAACUACCUAAAUGUCAUGAAAGAUAUUGUUCAUCGUGCUUAAUGUGUAUACUAAAGGUUCGUUUAUCUUUUGUCUCACGAUUGUCACUCAGACUUUUUAAAGUCUGAGUGAUUAAAAUCACGAAGUUUCGACCGCGCAAAACUGCAGGACUUCAUUAGGCGAUACAGUCAAAUAAUAUAAAAUAUAAAUGCUUAAGUAGAUUACUAGAUAGAUUAAUCUUGUUUAAACCGGAUUACAAAACACUUCGUAUUGAUUUUUAUAGAAUGUUUCGCGCCAGCCAUUGGCAUGGAGACGGGUGCAAUUCUUGAUUCCCAAAUGACCGCGUCAAGUGAAAAUGAUUUCAACAAAGUACCUUUCGCUCGGUUAAACGCAAACAGGGUGUGGUGUCCCACAGGGGAUAUCGAGCUAACUGAAUGGAUUCAGGUAAAAAGAGUCAUAAAUAUUUGAUAUACAGUAAAUUAGCGUUUUGAAGCAUUCGUUUUAUAACAUACCUGAGAGUGAGAAAUUUAGUUCGCUCUUCUGAUUAAGAAUGAGGAUGAACCCUGGGGAUGAACCUAAGCCUCUCACAGAAAUUCUCGGGAUCUUUUUGGAUGUUUUUGCUGCCACAUAUUUAUCAACGAAUCUUAAUAAAUAAAAUAUUAGAUCUUAUAUGAUAGCGUACCAGAACAUUUCUGCUUUAUCUUCUUUAAUAACCCAUUCAGAUUGAUCUUGGUCGACUAUACCGAGUGUGUGCUGUAGCUACACAAGGAAAUCCCGGUGGAAACAAAGAUUAUUUGAAAGAAAUUGAACUUGGGUGGUCUAACGAUAACAUCACAUGGGAAACAAGCGCAAAGGUAUAUACGUCUCUUUCUACCAGAAGUGCCUUUAAGUUCUAUCAUAAAAAGUCAGUACAUACAACAUUCGUGUUAUUCAAACCAGCCGAUGGCGAUUCAAAUGUCACGUCAAACGAUCAGUUUGUAUUUCUUGCUUGGCAAUGAACGUUUGAUGCUUGAAAUUGUUUGAAUUUUAGUUCGGUAAGUUGGUAAGCUGAUGGCUUUGCCCUUUAAAAUUCUCUGGGUUCUUAUAUUGUAACAAUACCACUACUAGUCACCGUACUUCACAUCAUCUGAGAACGAUAACUGAGAAUCAAGUCAGCGUCUUUUAUUUUCUCUUCCCUUCCCUAUGCAAUUCCAAAUCAUGGACGGACUUUGAACUCCAGCCGGCACAGCAAUGCGGGGUUGGGGGAAAGGGGGGAGGGUACUCACUGAAAUUUACUAUGGGGGUGUGCCGCUGAGUUUUUGAGGCUCUGGGCCUGUUCCUGUUUGAGUUUGCAACUCUGCCCCUGACAUCAUUUGUUAAACGAGAAGAACUCACUCGGAGGAAGAAGAGUAGUCUUGCACUAAAGCUUCCUCAAUAAUGUCAGCGAUUUUUGGGAAGAGAUAAAAGAGAUAAAAGGGUAAUUUUUAUACGCUGUUUCAGAGCCAGAGGAGCAAAAACCAUACCCUGUUGAGCGGCACAUACCCACGUAGCCCAUAGCCUGCCUGGCGGGCGCAAAACUGAGGAGGGGCAGGGAGACAGGUAGAAAAGGGCAAAAGGCGCGGGAAAAGGGGACCAUCUCUCCCCAGACUCAUUCCCUUUUUCCCAUCAGUACCAAUCCCCCGCCCCUUUUCGAAUCCUGCUACACAGGCUACAUAACCCAACAUAUCUGGAGUACCCCCGCGCUCAGCAAAUAGUCAAGUGCUGCAGGUAAAUCUUUCGGGGGAUGUGGAAGCUUCAGUUUGACCGGUACUGUGACAUUAUCACGACUGUUCACCCUUUUCGAAAUUUCGCUCGGUUAGGAGACAAGUGAAAUUAUUAACUUUAGAGCACUGUGGAAGCAUUAAAAGCUAUGAUUAUGAAGAACUAUAAACAAAUACUAGUAACACACUGAACCUGAUAAUUGAUUAUUCUCAAUCUAAAGGCUAUUUCUACGGGAAAUACCAAUUGUUGUGACGUCAAAAAGAACAAUGUUCCAGUGAUUUAUGCCAGGUAUAUCCGCCUUGUCCCAUUAAAAUGGCACAUUUGGCCCUGCACAAGAAUGGAGAUUUAUGGUGAACCUUGGCCAGAAGGUAAAACAUCAACUUUUUUCUUUUGAAGUUAGGCGUGGCAGUGGGUCGAAGUCUAAGCCUGCAGUUCAGGCGCUUUCUUUGGGAGCACGAAUUGUUUUGCUUGUUGAAACUCCAAAAGAGAGGAGGAAAUGGGGCGAGGGAGGUAUUUUUCUCCCCUCCUCCUCCCCCUUUCCUUCUUUCAACCUAGCACUUACCCUAAGGGUCGCUAUUUCUACCCUCCCCAUUGUUGUUCUGUCAUAAAAACAAAGGUGGCGGCUACAACAAUACUAACUUAAACUAACUUAAACAAGCAGCUUUUCGCCCGCUGAAAAUAUGCCUGCACUGCAGGCUAGUUGAUGUCGUGUAAGUGGAAAUCAUGUUUUGGUUCUGUCAGUUGGUGACAGUGUCGCUUUCUCUAUUCACCAUUUCUAUGCUUCACGCGGACGAGUGGAUCAAAAUUCGUCCAGCUCCAAAAAAGUCUCCUUGUACACUUUCACACGACCCAGUUUCGGUCUUAACUUUAAGUUCUCAUCAAGAUCUCUUAAUAGACAUUAUCUGGUCUAAAUUCAUCUCUCUCUAUUGCACGCGCUCACCUAGUGUUGACUUAAAAGAACAAAUUAAAGAAGUUAAACGGCAAGCAAAAAAAGAAAUCCGAACGAUUGCUUCCUAAUAUGCGGGUCAUCUCUGCCAAAGGACUUCGAAACCUUUUUAUCUUAUUCCAAAAGUUUGAACUUUGAGUAACUUAGAAAGUACAAUGAAUACGGCAUUUCCGUAUGGCAUAACUGCCAUUUUUUUGCAAAUAUGCAUCCGCUACAAAAUUGUAAAUUACUAUUAGGCAGACGUUACGAGAAACUUUAUCCGAGUAAACACUUUUCUAAGGCAAUUCAAUGAGCCCUUUUUCCCCGUAGGUCCGAACAAGUUGUUUUCUCUGAUAGGCCUUGGUAAGGCGUUGGUUGGUCACGUGGUAUCAGCAGAGAAUGCAACUGAUGUCACUAGAUGCAUGAAGUUUUGUCUGCUGACGGAACACUGCAAGUCACUCAAUUUCAGCCCCCAAAUGAUCAUGAACACGUGUGAACUGAGCAAUUCAACAGCUAUAGCACAGGAACUCCAGAGUCAUCAAAAUCUUAACUAUUAU